AUGAAGCCUGUAUUAUGGGUAUGGCAGUUGACAUCUGACUUGAUUAUGCGGCAAGCUUCAGGUGAAUGGGAAACUCGAGACAACAAGCUUAUCCCAUACAGAAAACAUGUGAAAGAUCUUAGAAAACGGUUCAAGUCCGUCGAGUUCAGUUAUAUUCCUCAAUUCCACAAUGAGUUAGCUGAUGCACUAGCUACUUUGGCCUCAAUGCUGCCGUAUCCGGGCAAUGUCCAUAUUGACCCGCUGGAAAUCCAAAUUCGAGAAAGACAUGGUUAUUGCAAUGCAGUUGUAAUAGAACUAGAUAUUCAACCAUGGUGCGUAGAUUCUCAGGAGACUGGAAAGAUCAUGAAUGAAGUGCAUUCAGGAGUAUAUGGGCCCCGCAUGAACCGAUAUGUCCUUGCAAAGAAAAUCCUUCGGGCAGUUAUUACUGGAAGACCAUGGAAAAGGAUUGCUUCAGUUUUGUCCGGAAGUGCCAAUAUUGUCACAUACAUGGUGACCUGA